AUGUUGCUUUCGAUGAAAGAAAAUCCCCUAGGUAUCGACCAAGUUCUCAAGACCACUCCUACUAUACCUCCCUGGACCAGAGAUAUAUACCAGUAUCUUGAACCUAAAUCUGUUACCUAUCCUAUCCCGAAAGUUCUAGAACCGGAUUUACUAGACAUCCUCCCUGUUGAGCUAUUGCUAUCAAUAGCAGAUGUUCUCCCUCUUGAAGAUAUUUACUGCUUCUCGCUUUGCAACCGUCGACUUCUCACAAUAUUCGGGAGUCGGACGAAGCACCGAUCCCUGGAACGAAAGGCCCGGUUGUCUUUCUUACAUCGACUCGAAUAUGAUCACCCACGAUACUUAACUUGCGAUGACUGCUUGAUCCUUCAUGACUUGAACCGUAUAUCAGAGCCCUUUGGGCUAUCAUACCCGACACAUAUCUACCCGCCUCCCCUAGACUGCCUUGCGCCUGCCUCUGAAUAUAAGCCACGCGAAUGUUUGUGGAUGAUUAUCCAUAACCAGUCUAGUAUCUGGUCUCAUUACAGGCUUCGGUUUUCUCAUCUUCACCUUGCUAUGAGACGAUUCUACCGCGGUCCUCAAUAUGGGAUUAGCACAGAUGCGCUGUCCUUCACCGAAGUAGCAAAUGACUUUCUCUGGGGAGACAGAGUCUUCAGACCGACUACUUUGUUUUCGGUUGAGGCACAGAUAUGCCCUAAUCCACCGAGCUUGUACCUACGAAUUCAGGAUAUCAUGUCAAUGGGAAAUGUACGCCAACUAAUCGACGACGGAUACUAUUGUGAAGCGGAACAAAAUUACUUCGCAAAUUUGCGAAUUUGCAAACACGAAUCAAAGUCAUUUUGGAUGCAGGAUAUUCCUCUCGAUAAAUAUCCAGCCCACGAGUAUUUCAACUGCGACCAUUGCAAUACCGACUGUGAGAUUGAAUUGUUCGAAAACAGACCAAAUGGUCAUAUCACUAUAGUGAUGACAAGAUACAUCAACCUGGGGGCUGGUCUCAGCCCAUACGAUCCCCGAUGGAGAGUUAACCUAUGGAGUCACUGGGAAGAGCCUGAAGUUUGGAAACUAAACCUGGAAUACGUGGACUCGAGUCCUCGACAUACAUUUGAAGCCCUUACCGAUACCUCGCUCGAAGAUUUGACUUCUCGCAAUCUAUCCUACCUCGAAGACGAGCGAUAUCAAACUACUAUGGUACGAAUUCCUGGGGAUGUCCCUCCUUCCUGGGCUCUGUGGAAUGGGGCAGCUAUGAAUUUGUGA